CGUCAACGUGUGGCAUUCCAUUUUUUGCCUUGCCAUUGCCCGUGCUCUUAUAUGUACAUAUCUAAGGCCCAUUUAUCUUUCUCACCAUAAACCAAACGUCAUAAUGGGGUUCCUAGUCUCUUCCAAUUCGCCGGCCACUAAAUGGAUUGGCUUUGUCACCGCCGUCUGGGUCCAAGCCAUCUCCGGCAACAACUACACCUUCUCCAACUACUCCGACGCCCUCAAGAACCUCAUGGCCCUCACUCAGCUCCAGCUCAACAACCUCUCCGUCGCUAAGGAUGUCGGAAAAGCCUUCGGUCUCCUCGCCGGCAUCGCUUCCGACCGACUCCCCACCCCCGCCAUCCUCCUCAUCGGCUCCGUCGAAGGAUUCGUGGGCUACGGCGUCCAGUGGCUCGUCGUCAGCGGCCGCAUCCAGCCUCUCCCCUACUGGGCCAUGUGCAUCUUCCUCUGUAUGGGCGGCAACAGCACCACCUGGAUGAACACCGCCGUCCUCGUCACCUGCAUCCGCAAUUUCAGGAAGAACAGAGGCCCCGUCUCCGGAAUCCUCAAAGGCUACGUCGGAUUGAGCACCGCCAUCUUCACCGACCUCUGCUCCGCCCUGUUCGCCGACGACCCGGCGAAGUUCCUGCUCAUGCUCGCCACAGUACCCUUCGUGGUCUGCACCGCGGCGAUCUUCUGCCUCCGCGAGGUGGCGCCGUCGGAGACGGCGGAAGAAGAGCGGGACGAGGCGAAAUACUUCGGGGUGGUGAACGCAGUCGCCGUGGUAAUCGCGGUUUACCUUCUGGCGUUCGACGUGACAGCGCCCCACGGGCGCGUGUUCUCACGGAUCUUCGCGGCCGUGCUGAUGGUUCUCCUGGCUUCUCCUCUGGGAAUCCCAAUUCGGCUGAAAAUUAAAACCUGGACGACAACGGGAGGGGAUUCGAAAGGCGCCCGGGACGUGGAAGCUAGCGCCGCCGCGGCGGAGCCGUUNGGGAGGACCACACGAUAGUGGAGGCGGUGAAAACGGUGGAGUUCUGGGUGCUGUUCGUGUCGUUUCUGUGCGGGGUGGGGACGGGGCUGGCAGUGAUGAAUAACAUGGGGCAGAUGGGGUUGGCACUGGGUUACGCAGACGUCUCCAUCUUCGUGUCGCUCACCAGUAUUUGGGGCUUCUUUGGCCGCAUCCUCUCCGGCUCCCUUUCCGAAUACUUCAUCAAAAGAGGUGGAACCCCAAGACCAGUGUGGAACGCAGCUUCUCAGGUUCUAAUGGCAGUAGGAUACAUCACCCUCGCGAUGGCACUGCCGGGCUCACUCUACAUCGGCUCCAUCGUCGUUGGAAUCUGCUACGGCGUCCGUCUCGCCGUCACAGUCCCCACUGCCUCCGAACUCUUCGGCCUCAAGUACUACGGCCUAAUAUACAACGUUCUCAUCCUCAACCUCCCCCUGGGCUCCUUCCUCUUCUCCGGUCUGCUGGCCGGACUGCUGUACGACGCGGAGGCCACCCAGACGGCCGGUGGCGGCAACACCUGUAUCGGCGCACACUGCUACAGGCUGGUGUUCAUAGUGAUGGCCGUAGCGUGUGCUGUUGGGUUCGGACUCGACGUCCUUCUUUCCAUUCGAACCAGGAGCUUGUAUUCCAAGAUAUAUGCGUCCAGGAGAUCCAAGAAGAUGAUUGCCUCUUCUUCAUCAUUGUCUUAAAGAAAAAGAAGAAGAGGUUUUCUAAAUUCUCAUUCUUGCAAGUCUUGUGUUCAUGGAUAUUUAUUGAAAAAACCUUGCUGAACCCUAAGUUACACCCACAUUUGACCCAAUGCGCUCAUAGAAAUCACCGAAACAAAACAAUGUUUCAUAUCUAUGAAGACAUUGCGAUCAAAAGUAAGGUACUGCAACUUUGGUGUUCACCAAGCGUGACUCUUUUUUUUCCCUCUGGCGCUAGAGCGCCAGACCCAAUAUGUAUUCGUUCAUUAAAUUGUUUCAUUGAAUUGAUAUUGCAAUGCAAAUAAAUUUUUUGAGCACCA